AUGGCGACCGCAGCAGCCCCCGAGUCCUCUCUCCUGUCCCUCCUCUACCGCUCAUACCCUACCGCCAUCUCUCCCGAUGCCACCGAGCUCGAUUACUUCCAUGCCUCUCCUAAGAUUUUCCCUCAGGUCACCUUCAGCGAGGCCGAGGAGGCCGACAUCAAGCAGUGGCUGAACACCGUCACUGGCUUGACCACCGCUACCGCCAGCAAUGACAAGCCUGUCAUUGAGAACAUCUUGGCUCAGCUGAACACCCACCUCGCCACCCGCACCACCCUGCUCGGUGCGAAGCCCUCGGUCGCUGAUAUUGCCGUGUACGCUUUUGUUGCUCCCAUCGUCGAGAAGUGGACAUCCGAGGAGCGCACAGGCGAGAAGGGAUACCACCACAUUGUGCGUCACGUCGAUUUUGUCCAGAACUCGCGCCUCUUUGCGCUGCAGAUUCCCAGUGAGGAGAAGAUCGCCAUCGAUGUGAACGACGUCAAGUUCGUGCCCAAGCCUGUCGACCCCAAGGAGGAGAAGGAGCGUAAGAAGAAGGAGAAGGCUGCUCAGCAAGGCGCCGGCGCCGAGGCCCAGAAGCCCCUUGUUGUUGGUCAGGGUAAGCCCGAGAAGGCUGCCAAGGCUGAAGCUGCCCCCGCCGAUUCUGCUGCUGCUGCCGCCGCUGCCGGCCACAAGACUGGCAAGAAGGAGAAGAAGGAGAAGAAGGAGAAGGCUCCCAAGCCUGCUCCAGUUGCCGCUGUUCCUUCCUCCCCCUCCAUCAUUGAUCUGCGUGUCGGCCACAUUCUGCGCGCCAUUAACCACCCCAACGCCGACUCCCUCUUCGUUUCCACCGUCGACUGUGGUGACGCCCCUGGCUCCGAUAACACCUCUUUGGAUGAGGAGACCGGUAAGACUGUCCGGACAGUCUGCUCCGGUCUGAACGGUCUUAUCCCCCUGGAGGAGAUGCAAGGCCGUAAGAUUGUUGCCGUCUGCAACUUGAAGCCUGUCACCAUGCGUGGCAUCAAGUCCGCCGCCAUGGUUCUGGCUGCCUCUCCCCGUGUUGCGGAGGGUGAGGAUUCUCACGCUGGCCCCGUCGAGCUUGUCAUUCCCCCUGCUGACGCCCCUGCUGGUGAGCGCAUUAGCUUCCAGGGCUGGGCCGAGGGCGAGCCUGAGAAGCAGCUCAACCCCAAGAAGAAGAUCUGGGAGACUUUCCAGCCUGGCUUCGGUACCAACGAUGACCUCGAGGUUAUCUUUGACAGCAACGCUGUCCCCGCUGUCAAGGGCCAGGAGGGCAAGCCUGCUAUCGGCAAGCUGGUUACUGCCUCCGGCGUUAUCUGCACUGUCAAGACUCUCAAGGGUGCUACCGUGCGGUAA